UUUAUACAAGUUUUGGUUCCACUACAGGACCUUGGUUGCAACCAUGUUCUAUAUGGUCCCUGUUCAAGUCAAUAAUGUGACAACCGGGCAGCCAGGUUCUCACCUGUCACAAUGGCCGGUCACGAAGUCCGAAGAGCUUCCGAACACCCUGCCUGGCUAGCUGGUGUGGCAAAGCUGCAGGUGCCCAGUAUGGUGCCCGGGGAGGGAGUGGGCCCUGAUGGCGGCUGCCUGGGAUUGCUGCUCGCCCGGCUGUUCCCUGGGCACUGCUCAGAGCCCACUUAGUUCAGCAGCAAGGCCAAUGCCAGGUCCCAUCUGUGGCCGAGCACGGAUACUUGUGUGCCAGCAAGAGACAUGGCUGGGCCCUGAGACUGUCCUGGGUACAUGGGCACAUGCCCUGCUCCAGGUGGGGAGGGAGCCCAGAGACAGGGGGGUGAAAACCAGCCCCCCUCCUGACGGCAUCAUCCUGGGCCCUGAGUCCCCAGGGGCUAGGCAUGGGCUGGGCCCUUCGGGCAGCAGGGAGGGGCCUCGGCUGGUGCUGACAACUCCCUUCCCCCCUUUGCAGUCAGUGCAGGCUCUGAUCAGUGACUUCCAGGGCUCCCCCACCAACUACAAGGCGGCUCACGUCUUCUUCAUCAGCCCCUGUCCUGAGCCUCUGUUCAAGGAGCUGAAGAAGUCACGGAUCUCCAAGGCCAUCAAAACCCUCAAGGAGAUCAACCUGGCCUUCCUGCCCUACGAGAGCCAGGUGUACUCCCUGGACAGGCCACAGACCUUCUACAACUGGUUCAGCCCCUACCGCUUCUGGGAAAAGAACAAGGAGCUGGAGAUGAUGGCAGAGCAGAUUGCCACAUUGUGUGAAACCCAGGAGGAGUAUCCAGCCAUCCGCUACUGGAAGGACGGUGAAGAUAACUUCCAUGUGGCUCACGCUGUGCUGGCCAAACUCAAGGCGCUCAAGGUACACGAGCCCAGCAUGGGAGAGGUGAGUGAGCUGUGCCGGCCAUGCCCUCGCCAUGGGACAGAGCUGAGGGGGGAGCACAUGAGAAGUAGAAAGAAGGAGAAGUGAUUUUGAACAUGCCUGGAGAUCCUGGCAGGGUCUAGACCCCCUUGGAGAUCCUGAGGGGUUGGCAGAACAAUAGCAUUCCCUGUGUGGGGACUAAUGGCCCCAGCCCUUCUCUAACACUGGCCGUGGGCAGAUCUCAAAGUGCUCUACAAAAGCCAGUGUCUUCAUCCCCUCUGUACAGAUGGGGAAACCAAGGCACC